AUGAAUGACAUUAUUAUAACCAGACGAGAACAAUUUAGAAUCGAAAUUCGUAAACAAUCCUUAGAAAAGUAAUUUCAAAUCAAAAGAGCUUUCGCUAUCCCUCAAAUCUAACGAUCAUCACUAUAAAAUAACUUCAUCCAAUUUGAGCUCAAUUUUACACAUCAAAUUGAAAAUUAGAUUUUGCAAAUUCUACAUAACCCAACCAACUCCAAAAUUGAAAUGCUGCUCUCCCUAAUUCAGGAACUUGAUGUCCAGAAUAAAAUCACCCUAAUCAAUAAAAAUGUGUAUGAAUUACUUAAAUCUCCCAACUUAGACCUCAACUUGACUUUGCUAGUGAUGUAUAAUCUAUGCAGCGAACCAAUCAUUAUCAAUCACAUCUUUAGCGAUCAAACCUAAACUGAUAGAUUAAUGUAGUUCAUAAAUUACCUCAAUGGCAAAUUAAUGGAUGCCAACAUUAUUAUGUAUUGGGAAUUCCUUUACGUCCUAUCAGUGUCAUAAAACACUUCCUUUCUUUGUCUUAAGCAGAUUUAUGUUCUGUGUUGUAAAGAAGUCAUAGAAUCUCGAAAUAACACACUAUCAUAAUCAGCAAGGAUUUUCCCAUAAAUCAUCCAAAAAUUUCCUGAAAAUUUUCAGUUUUAUUGGGAUACCAUUAAUUAAUUAGAUGAUGAAGGAAGAAGACCUUGGAAAUGUAUAUUAUAUUUCCUGAAACAAUAAAAUGCAGAUCAUUUUUCAUGCCAAUAUCUGUUGCUAACAAUUUACUAUUUUAUCAGAUAAAUUAGUGAUAAUUAAGAAGAUUUUAAGUUUCAUCAGAUUGUAAAUUAAGAAUUAAUUUCCAUUUUAUUAAUAAAUAUGAAGAGACAUGAAAAAACAUUGGUGGUCUCUGCCCAACUGUGUUUUUCAAUCUUUGAGAGAGAUAAUACUUAUUUUCCUUAUGUGAUUGAGGAUUUAUUAAAGUUACUAUACAAUAUAUCUAUCGAAGGGUAAAUUGAAGUGCUCAAAAUUUUGGAUUUGCUACUUAGGGAUGAAAACAUAGUAAGGUUGGCAAUCAAAUCCCAAUAUAUUAUUGAAUAAUUGUUUAAUCUCUUAGGAUCUAAUAUUUAAAUCAUUAUAAAUUAUUUAGCCCUUAAAUGCAUUUCUAAUUCAAUCGCUCGUUGUUCAAACAUAUAACUUUUUUCAAUUAUUUGCAAUGAAUAAUAUAAAUCAACUUUGGAAAGGUACUCUCUAGAUGCCAACAAGUAACUCAAAGAAAUGGCUUAAUAGCUCUUAGAUUUUUACUUUGAAUAUUGA